AUGAAAGGAGAAGCUGGACAUAUGUUACACAAUGAGAAUCCAAACCAGAAGGGGCACAUCUGGGGCUCCAUGAGGAGGAUGGCUUUCAUCCUGGGCUCCAGCCUUUUCUUGCUGAUGAUCCACUGGAACUGUGUCAUAGGGCAUUUUCACAGAUUUUGGGGUGCUUCCAGCUACUUUUGGCAAGCCCAGUGGGAGAGGUUGCUGUCUACAUUUGAAGGGAAGGAGUGGCUCCUCUACAUUCUAGGUGUCACCCAAGGGCCUCUUCUGGUCUACUGGCCCUUCAGUGGACUUCUCCUGGUGGUGGAGACUGGAAAGCCUAACUUCAUCUCCCGCUACUGAAUUCAGGUUGACAACAAUGGCUGUGUGGACCCCAUGAAACCACACCAGGCUCUCCUCAUGAUUCUCUUCAAUCAAUUCGUGAUCUCUCCCAUGCUGGUCUCACUCUAUCCCAUCCUCAAGUUGUGGGGACACCCCUGCCGUCGAGAGCUCCCCACCUUCUACUGGUUCCUCCUGGAGCUGGUCAUCUUCACGCUGACUGAGGAAGUGCUAUUCUGCUACUCACACUGCCACCCAAAACUCCAUAAGAAAAUCCGUAAGAAACAUCACGAGUGGACAGUACCCAUCACUGCAACCUGUCUAUCUGUCCACCCUAUUGAACAUGUGGCCCCCCUCAGGCAGCUCUCUCCUUGCAGAUCAACAUGCUGCCGGCAAACAGUAAUGGGCUCCCACUUGCCCUCCAUCACCACGUGGACUUCCUUGGCCCUCAUCUUCACCGUGAUCUCCCACUGUGGCUACCACCUACCUUUCUUGCCUUCACCUGAAUUCCAUGACUACCAGCAUCAAAAGGUCAACCAGUGCUAUGCCACUCUGGGGAUGCUGGACUACCUCCAUGGGACUGACAUUGUGUUUAGGCAGACCAAGGCCUACAAGAGACAUAUGAUCCUGCUGAGCUUCACCCCACUCUCUGAGAGCAUACCCAAUCCUCUGAAGAUGAUGGACUGA